AUGUUUAAAUGGAAUAAAGAGAAUAUAGGAUGGGAUUAUAAAGGAGCAAAUAAAAGGGUAUUGGGUAUAAUAACCAGUGCAGCUUUUAGACGUAUACAUUUAUAUGAAUUUAAUGGUCAACGUUAUCCAAAGGAGUUAGAUGGAAAAGGAAAUGUGUUAGGUCAUGCUUUUUUUCCAAAUAGGAAUAAUGACCCAUUCGAAAUACAUAUGGUUAAAGAUGAAAACUGGUACUUGGAAAUUGAUAAAAAUAUGUCAAAAUAUCAAAAAAAUUUAUUUGAAGUUUUAGUGCAUGAAGUUGGUCAUGCAUUAGGUAUUGAACAUUCAGAUAAUUUUGAAUCAAUAAUGUAUUCUUAUUAUAAUGGUUCACAUUUUGAAUUACCUCAAGAUGAUAUUGAUGUUAUUCAAAGUUUAUAUGCAACAUAA